GAAGAAGAAGAAGAAGAAGAAGAAGAAGAAGAAGAAGAAGAAGAAGAAGAAGAAGAAGAAGAAAAAGAAGAGGGCUGACGGGUUUUCAAGCAAAAUGGAGAAUGAAGAGACAGCAUUGGCUUUAGUCAGAUACUAUUGCAAUGAGAAGUAUUUCAAACACGCCAUGGAUGCUGCAGCAGCUGCUCUGGCAACAUUCAGAGGUGACCCUGUCCUCACUUUCUUCCAUGCGUAUGGCUCUUUGAUGCAAGAUCAAAUUGGAGAAGCCACAGCAGAGUUGGACACAAUAAAAGAUACACCAGAUGUGUCUCUUUGCACUUCAAUGGCACUUGUUUAUGCAGAGAAAAAAAAGACAAACCCAGACAAAGACAUAAUACAGGAACUUGAAAUUAAAAUUAAAGAGGAUCGCAAAAGUGCAUCUCCUCAGAGCCUGUAUCACGCCGGGAUGUUUCUUUGGCUCCUAGGCCGAAAUGAUAAAGCGAGGGAAUACACAGAGCGGAUGAUCAAACUCUCCAAUGGCUCUAAAGAGGGAGUAAUCCUGAAAGCAUGGAUAGACGUGACAUGUGGGAAAGAGGCGUAUGCCAGAAAGGCUGGAAAAUAUUUUGAUGAAGGGCUGAAGGAGGGACCAGGUGUUUUUGCUCUAUUGGGAAAGGCACAAUACUAUGAAUAUCGUCAGAACUAUUCUGGAGCAUUAGAAGUGGUAAACAAGGUCAUUGCCAUUUACCCAGGGUUCUUGCCUGCUCUUAUUAAGAAGAUGAAGUUGUUUUUAAAUCUUCAAGACUGGGAGCAAACCAUAGAGACAGCUGUCAGAGUUCUCCAAAUGGAUAAAAACAACCUGGAUGCUUUACAUAUGCUAACUCUGCAUUGCUUAUGUAAAAAUGGAGCUAACGCUGAGUCGACAAAGCAUCUUUCCAAAGUCAUCAGCAGUCUGGAGGUCCUGGAACCACAAAACCCUGAGCUGGUCUACAAGAUGUCUCUCGCAUUCAGCCGAGUUUGUGGCCGAAAUGAGACAGUGCUUGAACAGAUAUUCAGAAUGGUGGAAAACGCCUUCUGUGUGACAUCAUUAAACUCGGAUAUUGCCACAGAAUUGGGGUACGUUAUGGUUCUCCUGGGUAAAAUCAAGGAGGCGAUGAAGUGGUACAAGACUGCUAUGACUCUGGAUGAAACCAGUCUACCUGCACUGACUGGUAUAAUUAGGUGCCAAUUGAUGGAGGGUCGCCUUGAAGAUGCAGACCAACAACUAGAAUUUCUAACGGAAAUUCAGCAAUCUAUAGGAAAAUCAGGGGAUCUCCUCUAUCUGCGUGCACUUGUGGCAUUUAAGAAGCGCCGUCCCCAAGAAGAGGUUACCAAGCUCCUGAACGAUGCAGUGGAAACCCACUUCUCUUCUUUGCAGUGUCUUCCUCUUAGUGUGGAGUACUUUCAGAAGUUGAACCCUGACUUCUUGCUGGAGAUUGUCAAGGAGUAUCUUGCUAUGUGUCCUACAAAGCUUGCCGCUCAAGGCCAGUCUCCCGCUCCACUGCUCAGACAUUGUGCAGCGCUGUUGGACACAGUGGUAAAGAUGGUGCCAGGUCUCCUUCAGGGGGUCUUCCUGCAAGCCAAAGUCCGAUAUCAGUCUGGUGAUGUUGAUGCUGCUCAGAGCAGUCUACAUCACUGCCUGGAACAGUGUCCUUCUCACACAGACGCUCAUCUACUCAUGGCACAGAUCCACUUGCUGCACGAGAACUUUUCUCAGUGUUUCCAGUCACUGGAACUUUGCCUUAGCCAUAACUUUCAGAUUCGAGAACAUCCGUUGUACCUCCUGAUCAAAGCUCAGGCAAAGAAGAAAAUGGGAGAGCUGACUGAGGCUAUUCAGACUUUACAAAUGGCAAUGAGUCUUCCAGGGGUCUGCAGGGCUGCUUCUGCAAAGUGCAAAAACAAGACGGCCCAGUUGAGUCCCGCAGACUGUCUCUCCAUCUUUUUGGAGUUAGCUGAAGCCCUCUGGCUUAAUGGAGAACAGCAUGAAGCAGCCAAGGUAAUGCAGGAUGCUAUCAAUGAGUUCCUCGGGACUCCUGAAGAGGUUCGAGUCACUAUUGCCAACGCGGACCUGGCUUUGCUUCGAGGUGACACCGAGUUGGCACUGAGCAUGCUCAGAAAUAUUACUCAUGAGCAGCCAUACUACAUACAAGCCAAGCAAAAGAUGGCAGACCUGUACCUGAACCACAAAAAGGAUAAGCGUCUGUAUGUAAGUUGUUACAGGGAAAUAGUGGACAAGCUACCAAGUCCUCACACAUACAUACUACUAGGGGACACUUACAUGCACAUUCUGGAGGCAGAGAAAGCCAUCGAGGUCUAUGAACACGCAUUGGAGAAAAACCCCAACGAUGGUGCUCUUGCCAGCAAGUUUGGCAAAGCUCUGGUCAAGACUCAUUACUACGCCAAGGCAAUACAUUACUACGAAGCUGCCCUGAAGACCGAGCAACAAAACUUCCUCCGCUAUGACCUAGCUGAGCUGCUGAUGAAGAUGAAGCAAUACGAGCGCUGUGAGAGAGUUCUGCAUGACGCUCUCUCUCAUGAGCCAGUGGACGAACUGAGUGGACUCUCACAGGAUUGCCAGUAUCUAAUGCUGUUGGCCAAGGUCCAGAAUAAGAUUGAUAAAACAGAAGAAGCUUUACUGUCCCUUCAAAAGGCGCGAGAUGUCCAGGCCAAGGUACUGAAGCGACUGGAAUUGGAGGAUCCUGACGCCAUCCCCAGGCAGAAGCAGCUCGCCACCAAGAUCUGUGCGGAGAUCGCACAACACUACACAAGUCAGAGGGGCUACGAGAGUGCCAUCAAGUCCUACAAAGAAGCUCUUGUGUAUUGUGAGACAGAUCACAAGGUGAUGCUGGAGCUGGCACAGAUUUUGCUUACACUAGACGAAGUCGAUGCUUGCCAAGAGCAAUGCAGUGUCAUCUUGAAGAACGACCAAUUUAAUGAGGAUGCAACUCUGAUGAUGGCUGACCUUAUGUUCAGGAGACAAGACUAUGAACAGGCUGUUUUCCGCUAUCAACAACUCUUGGAGCGCAAGCCAGACAACUAUCCAACCCUAUCACGCCUCAUUGACUUGCUGAGAAGGGCGGGGAAAUUAGAAGAUGUACCAAGAUUUUUCGAUAGAGCAGAAAAACAUUCUUCCAGGGCCAAAUUUGACCCUGGCUUUAACUACUGUAAAGGACUUCACCUUUGGUACACGGGAGAACCUAACGCUGCCCUGCGACACUUUAACCAGGCACGGAAAGACAACGACUGGGGUCAAAAUGCCAUUUAUAACAUGAUUGAAAUCUACAUCAAUCCUGACAAUGACACUAUGGGAGGAGAAGCCUUUGCCAAUUUAGAUGGUGACAUUGGGAACUCCACAGAAAAGCAGGAGACGGAGCAGGUUGCUGUGAGAACAGCUGAGAGGCUGGUGAAGGAGAUAAAGCCACAGACACCAGCAGGACAUGUCCAGCUUCGUAUCUUAGAAAACUACUGCUUACUGGUCACCAAACUGAAGGCAAAUAUAGAGAAAGCACUUUCAGUUUUCACAGAGAUCGCAACCAAUGAGAAGGACCACGUACCAGCCCUGUUGGCCAUGGCAACGGCCUACAUGAUGUUAAAACAAACUCCUCGAGCCAGGAACCAACUCAAACGUAUAGCAAAGAUGACUUGGAAUAUUGUUGAUGCCGACGAAUUUGAGAAGAGCUGGCUGCUCCUGGCGGACAUCUACAUCCAUUCAGGGAAGUACGACCUGGCCGAUGACCUCCUAAAGAGAUGCCUUAAUCAUAACAAGUCCUGCUGUAAAGCUUACGAGUACCGAGGUUUCAUCAUGGAAAAAGAGCAGGCGUUCCGGGAUGCAGCAUUCAACUAUGAACUGGCUUGGAAAUAUGGGAACCACUCCAACCCAACCAUUGGAUACAAGCUUGCUUUCAACUUCUUAAAAGCAAAACGCUAUUUUGACGCCAUCGACGUGUGUCACAAGGUCCUUGCUGCUCAUCCAAACUAUCCAAAAAUGAGAAAGGACAUCUUGGACAAAGCCCGUGCUGCAUUGAGGCCAUGAAAUCGAGGACAAAAAUGUAUUCAUUCAUUCAUUUUCAGGCUUAUCUCAGCUUACUUUGAGGAGCAGUACAUCAGUUACAAACCAUUGGCAUUCACACCUGUGGGAAAUUUACAAUCUCCAAUUAAAAAUACAACAUGCAUGAUUUUGGACGGUGGGAGGAAGCCCACACCAGCACAGAGGAGAUGUAAUCUCUGCAAAUUCACAACUUCCUUUGUCUCUGUGAUAACCACACUUGUGCUGUACAGACAAUAACAACCAUCUCCAACAAGAACUAUUUGCAUCAUUAAUACGUUAAGUGGUUACAGUAUUUUGCACUCUUACAUCUGGGAAGUCUGACGCUCACCUGGGAUGCACCAAUAGACAUGUAGUAGCUUAAGAAAAAUAUUCUAAACUAUUUUUUUCCCAAAAUGUUACACUAACUGCAAAGGCAAAAGUAAUUGCUUUCAGGUCCCACAGUGAAGAAUUAAAGUCUGUUUCUCAAAG